GUCAUGGGGAUUUCUACUAGUUUCGUGACGAAAUAAAAUCCCCACCUUGUAUCUGGUACCAACCGGUUCAGAAAGGCUUGGUCAGCUGCCAAAAGCGGAUGUUUCAGAGAAUAUUGUCUCGCGCUAGCAAGCGUAACGUUAGAACUUCCUGUCUCAGUCUUCCAAAAUUCGGAGAGCAAACAGUGAUCUACACGGAAUUUCCAAUAGACUGACUACAGGCCUUUAAUAGCUAAUUGCUGUGACCUAAGUUUUGCCUGUGCGGGACCUGGCGUAUUUCUGCUGACAAGCUUGAACGUCUGUAGUUGUGACGAUGAAGGUGGCUGUUGUUGGAGGCGGGGUGAUCGGGCUGUCGUCUGCGCUGUGUGUGAAGGAGCGGUGUCCGCAGGCGGAGCUGACGGUGGUAGCGGGCGAGUUUACUCCCAACACGACAGGGGACGGGGCCGCCGGAAUCUGGCAACCUCCGCUCUGGAACGUCACGCAACAAGAACUACCGUGGCUGCAGUGGACGUUUGACUACCUGUCCCGACUGUACAAGACUGAAUUCUCACACCAGAUCGGCCUGUUCUGCCAGUCAGGAUACAAUGUGUUCACAGAGGAAGUACCGGACCCCCCUUGGAAAGACAUCGUGCUGGGCUUCAGACAUCUGACGGAAGAAGAACUCAAGAGGUUUCCAGGAUACAGCUAUGGAUGGUUUGAAACUACUCUGAUGUUGGAAUGCAAGUCGUACUUGCCGUGGCUGACUCAAAGGCUGAAGGAGAAAGGAAUCAAGUUUGAACAGAGAAUGAUCGCUAGUCUUUCGGAGGUCUGCAGAGAUUACGAUGUUGUCAUAAACUGCUCUGGAUUGUCGGCUAGAACACUGGUGAACGACCAGGAAGUCCAACCUGGGCGGGGCCAGAUAGUUAGAGUUCAUGCCCCUUGGGUCAAACACUUCAUCCUCACUCAUGACAUGGGCACAGCAACCUACAACACUCCCUACAUCAUUCCUGGGAUAAAUACAGUGGCAUUGGGUGGCCUAAACCAGAUAGGUGACUGGGAUACUGGAUGGAGGGAAGAGGAUGAGAAGAAUAUAUGGCAUGGUGCUGUUCAACUGAUACCUUCGCUAAAGGGAGCUCGGGUUCUCGGCAAGUGGACGGGCCUGCGUCCUGUGAGAGAGCGGAUAAGGAUUGAGCGGGAAACAGUGAACGACACCCCCGUCAUCCACAACUAUGGGCACGGUGGUUACGGAGUCACCUACCAUUGGGGAUGUGCAUUACAGGCGGCCUCCCUCGCUGCUAAAGCUAUGGAUGAAGUAGCUGCCAAAACGUCUUCCUCCAGAGUUGUCAAAUCUCGUUAUUGAUUCUACUGUACUGGUUUCUAACCAGUUUAGAUAUUUCUGAGUUGACAAAAUUGAAUGAGCGGUGAAAAAGUCUUCAUGUUCAGAGGCCAAGUCAUGUAGAUGUGUCAUAAAGAGAUACAGUGCUUUAGAUUGUUGUACGAAGAAAAACAAAAUGUUUCAAUUGAUACGAUUAUGUUUAUAGAAGUUGUAUUGAUAUACUUGUAUUGCAUAUCAAUUUGACAUAAGUUUCUAUAUCACACCAAGGACAUUAUACAGAGACCUUGAUCACACAUAUAACAUAUCGAAUACUGUCGUCUUGCUGACUUCAGGGUCAAAUAGGUUUACUGUAACGUUACUUGCAUUUGUAAUUAUUUAUUGUGUAAUUAAAAAAAAUCAAAAUACAUGUAACGUUACUUGAAGUUUCACUCAUGUUAUCUGUAUCCUCAUUAUAUGUUGUCUGACCUUCACCUCCUCCAUCAUUACCUCAAUGAAAAGUGGCCUGCAGGGUGAUUUGAGCUUCUGAUUUAUAAAUAAAUGUUCAAAUGAA